UUCAGAUAACAAUUUUAUAAUUAUUGUAUUCAGUGCCAACUAAUACGACUCAAUAAUCUCACAUACAUUUCAAUUUAUUUUGCCAGAAUUUGCCUGAAUAAUUACAAAUCUACACUGCAUUUAAAGAAAUAUGACUUACAAAAUACAGACAGUUUUAGGAGAUGUGACUCCUGAAAAGUUAGGCAUAACUCUCCCUCAUGAACACUUGGCUAUGAACUUUUCACAUUUUUAUCGGAAACCUCCUAAGAUUCUAGCCAAUAUAUUUGACUUAAAUAUGACUUUAGAAACUAUUGGUUAUAUAAGACAGUAUCCAUAUAGUUCUCAACACAAUUUGUUUCUGAAUGAUAGAAAUGCAAAUGAUGCUGUUUUGCAAGAUGUAGAAUUAUAUAGAAAGUGUGGCGGUGGAUGCAUAGUCGAAAACACCACAGAAGGCUUGGAAAGGGAUGUUGAGUUUUAUAAAAGGAUUUCAAAGAAAACAGGUGUUAAAAUUGUAGCUGGAACUGGUUACUAUAUAGCGGACAUGCAAAGUUGUGAUUCCCUGCAUGCUACUAAAGAAAAUUUGUAUGACCAUAUGUUGAAAGAACUAACUGAAGGCUACGAAGACUACCAUACUGUAAAGGCGGGUUUUAUUGGAGAAAUUGCAAGUGUUUGGCCAUUGAGAGAUUUUGAGCGUAAAGCAAUACUGGCAGCAGGUGAAGUUCAGGCUCAGGUUGGUUGCGGAGUUAGUUUUCAUCCACAUCGGGUACCCGAAGCACCAUUUGAGAUAAUCAGACUUUACCUUGAGGCUGGGGGCAAAGUUCAUAAGGCUGUCAUGUCACAUUUGGAUAGAACCUUACUAGAUUCUGAAAAACUAUUGGAGUUUUCUGAAUUAGGAACAUACUGCCAGUUUGAUUUGUUUGGCACUGAAGUCUCUUUCUAUCAAUUGAAUAUUGAUACAGAUAUGCCGUCUGAUAGUCAGAGAUUGGAUAUGAUAUGUAAGUUAUUGAAUGAAGGCAAGGCAGAAAGAAUUCUUAUGUCCCAUGAUAUUCACACGAAACACAGACUAACGUCAUAUGGUGGUCAUGGAUACAGUCACAUACUGACAAACAUUAUUCCGAGGAUGAAAUCUAAGGGAAUGUCACAAGAAGUUAUAGAUAACAUAACAAUACAUAAUCCUGCAAAGUGGUUAGAAAUACAACAAUAAUUCUUA